AUGGAGAAAUUCUUUCAAAAGCAAAUAAAUCGUGAAACAACAACAACAACAGCAGAUGUUAUUAAUGAUGAUGUACAAGAACAAGAGGAGGAGUGUUCUACUGUUGUCUCUCCGUCGCUAUCUUCAUUAAGUUACCCUCAUGUAUCACCUCCUUCGUCAAUUUCUAUUCGUACAAGUCCAACAACAAAUUCGGUUUCGGAUCAAUUAGCAUUAGUGAUGGAACAAUUAAAAAAAAUGACAAAUGCAAUUGAUCAAAUGAGUUCAGAAAAAACAAAGGUUCGAUUAUUAUCAUCAUCUUCUCAAUCAAAUGAUUUAGAACAAAUGUUUCAAAAUAUCACAUGUUCUAAUGAUUUAUAUAUGCUAAAACAUUUUGAAAUAAAUAGUCAGUUGAAUACCAUCACAUGUAUACCUUGUUUUAAAUUUAAAAAACAAGCACCAAAACAUCUGUUAAGUACAAUUAAAUCCUCAUUUGGUAUACUUGAGUAUGUUGAACAAGAUCCGCAUCAGAUUCAAUCCCAACGAUUCAGAAGUUUGAAGAGAAAUUUAAAAUUACAUUAUGAAAAUAGACUUCGUAUAUGGUGUGUUGAAGAAGACGAAAAAGUCAAACAAGAAUUACAUGAUUUUAUUAGAAAAAAUAAAAAAGCUGGGUUCAAUAUUGGUAGAGCAGCGUUAUUUUGCAUUCGAAAUGGUUUGGGUGGUCUUAAAUUUGUGCAUACAUUGAAUUUAUUAGAUCUAUGUGGUGCUUCUAUUGGAACUUAUAGACAUAGUCGAUGGUUUUUUCAAGAACUUCGAAAUUCUAUGGCUACAUCUAUGAAACAAAGAGUUAUGGAAUAUUUAAAAUCAGUCGAUCCAAUUACACGACAACAACGACCAAUUGGUAUUACAUUUGAUAAAGUAACAUUGUUAAAAAGGACUUUGCAAGUAACAAUGCUUGUCAUAAUGAUUGAUGGACAAUUAACACCUAUUUAUUUAAAAUCAUCUUUAUGUAAAACCGAAUUAUCAGGUGAAGAAUUAGCUGCUAAUUGUGUUCAUGUAUUAGAAUCUUUUGGUUUAACUAAAUCUAUGUUACAGGACAAAUUAACUGGUGGUGCUGUCGAUGGUGCCUAUAUUCAUAUGAACAUAAAUGAGCAUUUAUGUAAUAAUAUAGGGAUUCAACAGAAUUGGUUAACAAUUUCAUGGGAUGUUGCUCAUUUAUUGGAAUUGGCAAUUGGUGAUACACAAAACCAAAAAAAAUUUAAUUGGUUACAAAUGAUCAUUAAAACUUGUGCUGAAGUGAUGAAAAAAUAUUCGUAUGGUAAACAGUAUGAAUUUCUUAUUGAAGCAGCAGAAGAGAUACAAGAAGAUAUUUUACAACCUAAACAAUUUCACGUAACUCGUUUCGUUAGUUCUCAGUUACGUGUUUAUGAAACAAUAUUGAGAAACUGGAAAACUUUAUACGUUUUACAAGAAAAAGAUGAUGUAAACAUGGCAUUAAGUCAUGGUGAUAUUAGUACAAGAACGAGACAAAAACUUGAUGCUCAACAAAAACCAGGCGAUAAAGAUGUUGAUAGUGUAGCGGUAAAUAAAUAUCCAUGGGAAUAUGAUUAUUCAAUUGAAUAUUUACAAGAACGAUUAACUAAAUAUGGAGAAUUAUUGGAAACUUUGAAUUUUAAAUCAGCACAAGAUGUUGAAAAUUUAGAAAAAUUUGAUUUAGAUAAAUUAGUUUAUUCAACAGCUACUGAUGAUUUUGAUGUUGAUGAAGAUGAGUAUGACGCAACAAAAGUACAAAAAAAACAAUCAAUAACUUUAUUGGAACAAUAUUAUCAUGAUUUAUUAAAAUGCGAAUUUCAGCAACUUCCAAUCACUAGAAGAGGUGGUGAUUAUGAAUUAGAAGAUCCAACUAAACAUAUACGACAAAAGCUAAUCGAGUUAUGCCAACAUCUAUCAGAAUCAAUUGCUAAACGAUUUGAAGAUAUUCCAGAAAUUUUUGUAUUAAUGAAAAACUGUUUAGAUGUUGCAUUUUUAUAUCAACAAGUAGUAUUGGAUAAGACACAAACAAUUGUUGAUUAUGGCAAAAGUGAAUUGCAAAAAUUAAUUGAUUUUACUGUAUCAAAUUCAAAGAAACUGAUAAAUGCGCCUGUUAUUCAAGGUCAAUAUUUAGAGUGGAAACAACAUUGUUUAAAUGAAAUACAAGAUAAAGAUAUGUUUAGUGUUUGGACAACUAACGGGAAAAUAUUGACAUCCAAAGUGAUGAAAACAUUUUACACUAAUACAGAUUUAUCGGAAGGAAUAAAUGAUUUUCUUCAUUUUUAUUCAUUAAUGAUAUUAAAAAUUAGAAGUGAAGCUAUUUGUGAAUCAGCAGCAUCGAUAUUAAAAGGGCAUAUUCACAAUAACCGUUCAUUACAACACAAAUCUUUGGAUGAUGAAGUAUUUCUUCAUUGGAAUGCUCCACCGUUGCAUUUAGCUGAUAAAUUUAUUGAACAAUCAAUAGAUGAUUAUUUUAUAAACAAAAAGGACAAAACUUGGUUAUUUUAUAGGAAAAGUGAACAAUAUCAACCAUGGAGAUUAUUAUCUCCUGGUUCACUCGUGUUGAAUCGUUUCCGAAGUGAACAAGUACCAAGACUACCAGAAUUAAUUGACGAUUGA